GUCUUUCAGGGGAUGAACAAUCAAUAUAUCCGUCGGGAAGUCUUCUGCUGUGAAACUUGUCAUGAGCUCAAAAGCUUCUGGGAAAAUGAAAUUAGCAAACAGACUUGUUACAGGGAACUGGAGGAAGAUCGUCAGGGAAAGAGCGCCCUGAGAAAGCUCAGAGAAGAAUGGAAACAGAGACUGGAGAAAAGGCUGCAGAUGCUGGACAAUCCUGAUGAGAAGAAAAAGCAGGCAAGCACAGUGGGCUGA